AUGAGUCGUGGCGGGAGUGCUGGUGGUGGUCAAAGUUCUCUGGGUUACCUGUUUGGAGAUGGUGAGCCUGCAAAGCCCGCUGCAGCACCAGCUGCGAAGCCCGCACCUGCUGAGAAACCAGCACCGGCAGCUGCUGAUGUAGCCAAGCAGAUUCCAGCUGGCAUUCCAGGUAGCCGGGCGAACAACUACUACCGUGCAGAUGGCCAGAACACGGGCAACUUCCUUACGGACCGUCCUUCAACCAAGGUUCAUGCUGCUCCUGGCGGUGGCUCCUCCCUGGGCUACUUGUUUGGCGGAAAGUGA